UCGAGGUUUUUGUUCAAGCGCUUUCAAUUUGUGCCUCUAUCUUUCAAUCUGUUCCGUCAUCGUCUUCGAGGGAUCCGAUCCAGUUCUGCGAGCAAUCUUCCGUGUUCCUGAUAAUCUGCGCAGUUCUGUUCGUGCACAACAAGAAUCCUUCGAUUUUCCUCGUGGUUUUUGGCAAAUUAUGCAAUUUUAUGAGUGUUCGUAUUUGUAUUUGGGCACGACUAGUCCGUGGAGCUCCUAGUCGGCAGUUUUGAAGGCGUUUUAUGGUGAGUUUCUCGGCUGCAGGUGCUGUAAUCAGGAGGCAACAGUUUUUGAUACGGUGUUUAGGAGAUUUCAGUAGUAGCAGCAGCAAAAAUCUUAACUGCAGCACCAUAAGAAUGCAGUCGGUUAUGAGUGGUGGAGGCUCUUCUCUGGAAGCAGAUGCUAUCGCUGUUUUGAAAUCGAUUACUCCAUCUCUCGAUCCUUCCAGGCAUAAAGGCCAAGCAGGGAAGAUAGCAGUUAUUGGAGGUUGCCGGGAAUACACUGGUGCACCAUAUUUUUCAGCCAUUUCUGCUUUAAAAAUUGGUGCUGAUUUAUCGCAUGUGUUCUGUACAAAAGAUGCUGCUCCAGUAAUUAAAAGCUACAGCCCAGAGUUGAUUGUCCAUCCUAUACUGGAAGAAUCAUAUCACGUUAGGGACGAGGAUAAAAAAUCAAUAUCAGCCAAAGUCAUUGAAGAGAUUGAUAAGUGGAUGGAGAGAUUUGAUUGUCUAAUUAUCGGUCCAGGCCUUGGAAGAGACCCUUUUCUCCUGGACUGUGUGAGCAAUAUAAUGAAGCAUGCAAGGGAAUCCAACGUCCCAAUGGUUAUUGAUGGGGAUGGGCUUUUUCUUGUCACAAAUGCUCUUGAUUUGGUCAGUGAUUAUCCCUUGGCUGUCCUCACUCCCAAUGUUAAUGAGUACAAGCGUCUUGUUCAGAAGGUUUUACAGAGUGAAGUAAGCGAUCACGAUGGAACUCAGCAAUUGCUCUCUCUUGCGAGAGGAAUUGGUGGUGUGACCAUAUUAAGAAAAGGAGGAUCCGACUUCAUCAGCAAUGGCGAAACAGUCAGUUCCGUGAGUAUUUUCGGUUCCCCUCGACGCUGCGGUGGUCAGGGCGACAUACUUUCCGGAAGUGUUGCCGUGUUCACUGCAUGGGCUCGUCAAUUUGCUUCUAGAAGCGAUCUGAAAGCGAGCCCUACAGUUUUGGGGUGCAUAGCAGGGUCUGUUCUGUUGCGCAAAGCUGCUUCACUUGCGUUCGAGGCUAAAGGAAGAUCGACUCUUACUACAGACAUAAUCGAGCAUUUGGGAAACAGCUUGGAGGAAUUCUGCCCUGUGUUUCGACAGAACUAAUAGCCCCCGGGCACGAUUUCGAUGCUUUGAUUUAUGCCUUUUAACAGAUAGGUUAAUGGGAAUAAAUCGACGGCAGAUAUGCCCUGGCGAUCAUCGGAAGGGCAACUCUGUAUGCAACGGCCUAGCAGGUUUCUUGUAUUGCCAUUUUUCAACUAGUUUGCUUCAAGAGGUAUGUUUCUAUGAGACUAUGAAUAUUUUGUUACUAUAUAUUAGUAAAUUUAAUUUUACUACGUAUGAUUUGUUGA